AUGGCGUCAAACGUGACAGCUCCUCAAUGGGACCGCGGCCAUAUCAAAGACCCUGCAGUACUAAUCAUUGGCGCCGGGAUUUCAGGGCUUUGUGCAGCGAUAGAUCUCAUUCGUUUCAACGGAACGCGUAAUUGCUUAUUAUCGAGAAAGCAAACCAAGUCGGAGGAACUUGGAACGAUAACAAGUAUCCGGGAUGCUGCUGUGAUGCCAAAUGCGAACUGGUCCCGAGAAUACCCAGGGCAGGAGGAAAUCCAUCAGUACCUUAUCGGUGUAGCACAGAAAUGGGGACUCUACCGUCAUAUCCGCUUCAAUACUGAAGUUGAUGAAGCGCACUGGCAAGAGAAAGACAAACAGUGGCAAACUGCUGUUCGUGUAACUGGGGGCAAGGCUGCAGAGUUUGGGGAUCGAUAUAAUGUCAAGUCCGAUUUCCUGAUCAGCUGCAACAAUCCAAUGGAUGAAAAACGAGUUGCAAUCAUAGGCAACGGAGCAACAGCGGCCCAAAUCGUGCCCGAGAUCGCCAAAGUCGCGAAAGACCUUACCGUCUUUCAGCGCACACCGAACUGGAUUGUGCCAAGAGCAGACCAAGCUAUUACCAAAAGCAGACAGGCGAUAUACAAGUACAUACCUGCUUGGCGUCGACGGUAUAGAGCACAACUUAUGGACCUCAGGGAAAGCUUUUAUGAUGCAGCUGUGGUGGAGGAUUCGAACAUGAACAACGAAAUUAUAGCCGCGAGCACUGCUAUGUUAAAGUCUCAGUUGACCCGGAAACCAGAAUUGAUAAAUGUACUUACUCCGGACUAUCCACCUGGGUGCAAGCGCAUCAUCAUAUCGGAUGACUAUUAUCCCGCCUUGAACCGCCCCAACGUGCAUCUGGAAACACUCGCCAUUCAUAAAAUCACACCCAGUGGCAUUAUGAGAGGAGGCAAGGAACUGAAGCUAGACGCUAUCAUUCUCGCCACCGGCUUUCGUACUGGCCAGUUCUUGACCCCCACCAAGUUGUUUGGUGUUGGAGGCCGUCCUCUCCAGCAAGUUUGGUCCCAAGGCGUGCAGGCUUAUCUGGGGAUUACAGCCGCCAGUCUACCAAAUUUUGCUAUGCUUUACGGACCGAAUACGAACCUUGGCCAUAAUUCAAUCAUCCUUAUGAUCGAGGCGCAGUCUAGGUACGUGGCGAGAAUGAUUUUGGAAGUAACCAAAGCUCGCGAGCGUGGAGAGACGCUCAAAAUUGUUCCCCGUCAGACGAAGUUAGACGCAUACAAUAGGGAGAUCCAAGAGCGUUUGGCAAAAAGUACCUUUGCCUCACCUAAGUGUAACAGUUGGUACAAAACGGAAGCUGGCGUGGUAAUCAACAACUGGAGUGGAAAUGUCUUGGAGUACCAGAGCUUACUAUCGUCUGUUGACUGGUCGGAUUUCGAGCUUUCGGGCUCAGCAGCAGCAAACGUUUCCGAGGCCAGAUCUUCGUACAUAGGGAGAGUUGUGGAGGAGUCGCCAGGUUGGUUGGCGCUUGCCCAAACCUCGGCAGUCACCAUACUUUUGGUAGCGGCUACUGCCAUGGUGCUCUCAAGGUUUCUCAUUCCCUCUGUCUGUGUAUUCUUGUGA